CAUUACGCUGCCUUUGACACUACGACUAUUGUGGCAAAACGCUACGCGGUGCAAUCAGUAGACUGUAGGCCUAGUGGAUUUUCACGGAAAACAAGGGGAAAUUAUUUCAAUUCAACCUCGGCGUCAUAUUUCUUUUCAAAGUGUCAUCUUUCAAUAUUUAGGGUACACAAAAUGACACAUUUAUGUUAUGAGUUAAAUACAUUAUUUAUUUAUUCAUUUGCAAAAAAAAAAAAAAAAUCAGGGUCGUUAGAGCUAUUUUUAGUGCAUCCCGAGAUAUAGGCUAAAGUUGGGCCAUACCUGGUUGCUUGCGGUAUUCUCACGUUUUAAGGACAGACUCUAGUGAUCCUGCAGAUGGCGGGCUUGCCUUGGUAAUUGUAACCAGCUUUUAACGAGGUCACGCUGAAAGUCCACCUGAGCGACGCGAGCACGCAUCAGCCCAUCUCCGGAGCCGCCAUCGAGAUCUUCACCAACCAGACCUCCUUCGCCACGGAAACAUCGGGGGCAGACGGCAGCGCGUUCAUCAAAUUUCACUACAAAGUCGGCACCCUGUUGAUUGUCACGGCAACCAAGGCGGGCUAUGUGCCAAACUCCGCCCCCUGGGGACCAACCAGAUUACCUGUGUUCUCGUCUCUCAGCCUGGACCUGCUUCCUGAGAGGGCGGCCACGUUGAUGGUGUACGAGGACGAGGUGCAUAUCGUCUCUGGCUUUCCAGGUCUGAGGGUGCAGCCCUGCGUGCAGUUCCAGAGGAGGGCCUUGAGCCUGCCAGCCAAUGCCAGCUACAGCAACCUGACCGCCCUGCUGACCGUGGCCGGCUCUGCCUGGGAGCUGGAGCGCUUCCCCUACCUGCAGGGCCUGGGAGGCAAUGGGACAGGGAACGACCGGAGGUUCGAGCUGACCCCCAUCACGGCCGUCAGCGUCCACCUGCUGGGCAGCAGCGGGCGGGAGCUGCAGGUCAGCCAGCCGGUCAGCAUCAGCGUCCCGCUGCCCCCCGACAGCGGCCUGAAGGAGAAUGACCACGUCCCCGCCUGGAGGUUCGACCCCAAACUCGGGGUCUGGCUGAAGAGUAGUUUGGGGUACGUGCAGAAGGAGGGGGGCCAGCUCACUCUCAGCUACUCUGCCCUCCAGCUGGGCUACUGGGUCGUAGCCAUGUCCCCUCUCAACACAGGCGCAGUGGUGGCGAAGGACAUCAGCACCUACCACACCGCCUUCCUAUUGGCCAUCCUGGGAGGCAUGGCCCUCAUCCUCCUCUUCCUGCUCUGUCUGCUGCUCUAUUACUGCAGGAGGAAGUGCCUGAAACCGCGCCAGCACCACCGGAAGCUGCAGCUGUCCUCGGCUCUGGACGGCUCCAAGCGGGACCAGGCCACGUCCAUGUCCCACCUCAACCUGAUCAGCGAGGUGCACCUGGAGCUGGCGUCGGCAACCGGCGAGCCGGACCUGCACACGCCCAUGCUAAAGCCCUCCCCGCCCUCCCGCCACCACCACCACCUCCACGAGGGGGCCAGGGACAAGGGCGGGGCCUCGCUCAACAACCUGACGUCGCGGGCCUCCCUGCUCAAGGACUACCACAAGUCCGUGGAGACCUUCCCCCUCCAGGAGCCCCCGGGGGCCUACGAGCCGCCCGCCCCCGACGGCUACCGCCGCAGCUACAGCUCCACCUCGUCCCAGCAGCCGCCGGCCCAGGCGUCGGCCCUCCAGCUGUGCGCCGCCAGCGAGAGCAGCGUCCGCGAGGCCGCCCUGCCCCAGCCCGCGGCCGCCACGCCCGACCGGGGCCCGCCGGCGGACCGGAGGCCGGCCGACUACUCGCUGUCGCGGUCGGUGGACCACCUGGAGCGGCCCACCUCCUUCCCCAGGCCCGGGCAGCUCCUGUGCUGCAGCUCGGUGGACCAGAUGACGGAGGGCGCGUACAGGAAGGUGCGCCCCACGCUGGUCAUCCCGGCGCACUACAUGAAGCUGCCCGGGGAGCACCCGUACGCCGGCCAGGCCCUCCUCCUGCAGACCGACCAGCAGAGCGACCUGGACACCAUCCAGGCCGAGCUCUCGGCCUCCCACCGGCCCCAGGGCCCGCAGGGCCAGGAGCCCCUCCGCCCGGGCCUGGGCUCCCGCCACCCCUCGGGCCACGCCCUCCAGGACCCCCAGGACGGGGAGUGGACGCUGCAGACGGCCUCGGUGCCCGAGUCGCUGUCCAUCCCCACGUCGCUCAGCGAGGCGGGCCUGGUGCAGAUGAACGGCGAGGACCAGCUCCUGGCCGAGAAGACGCUGAUGGAGCUGCGCGGCGGCAGGCCGCUGCCCCACCCGCGGGCGUGGUUCGUGUCCCUGGACGGGCGCUCCAACGCCCACAUCCGCCACUCCUACAUCGACCUGCAGAGGGCGGGCCACAGCGGCAGCAACGACGCCAGCCUGGACUCCGGGGUGGACAUGAACGAGCCCAAGCUGGGCCGCCGCCCCCGCGAACGCGAACGUGAGCGCGAGCGAGAGCGCAAGGCCCCGCCCGCCGUGGCCUACACCCAGCUGGUCUACGUGGACGACGCCGGGCCCGACGGCAGCCAGAACGGGACGCCCGACUGCAGCCCCGAGGACAAUGCCCUGGGGCCCCUGCUCCAGGAGGCCCCGGGCCCCGAGGAGGCAGAGGAGGCUCCGUCGCCGUCGCCUCUCCGCGAUGUGGAGGUGGAGGUGGAGGUGGAAGGGGAGGGGGAGGAGGAGGACGCGAAGGACGUGGUGUUCAGGACUGAGCGUGCCCUGCCGCAGGUGCACCUUCCCAGCAGCCCCCCGGACGACGUGCACGGUCACGAUGACAGCGGGGAAGACGAAAACAAAAAGAGCCCCUGGCAGAAACGGGAGGAGAGACCACUGCUGGCCUUCAACCUCAAAUGAGCAGCUACCCAACCCCGAACCCCGAACCCCGAACCCUGACCAUUUGACAUGGACAGAAUUUUGGAAGCGCUGCCAAAUAUGGCAUUCAGAGAGUGUUAGUGAGAAGACAACAAGCGUUCUCUGAGCAAACGAAAUAAACAUUUUAUGCACAACUGCUAUGCCUUUUUUUUACCGAACUGUACAGAUAAGCAAAAAUGAGCUGUAGGCGUAAAGAGGACGGGACACAUAGCUUUAUAUCUGUCUGAGCUGCAGCUGGGUCAGAUAAUGUGACAUACUCUCCUUUUGACAUUUACUUGCACAAGCGGCAGCAUUUGGACAUUAAUGACAUUAAAAUGGAAGGAAAAAGGUCAACGUAAGGCUUGAUGUUAAGGGUUUUUUGAUAUUGAAACUAAAAAGGUAUGUUGCUUUAAAAACAGCUAUGCAUUGCUUUUACAGUACGCUGUUGCUUAAGAUGCCUUUUUUUUGUCAUUUUAAGAAGUACAUUCUGAUUUUUAGUUGGAAAUAUUUUACAUGCAUUUUUUCAAAUUUUCUUUUUUGCGUUCCUUUGUUUCGUUUCGUUUUUUCUCUCUGCCUUGCCUUACAGUGAGAUGGCAGCCGUGACCCUAUGCGCCCCUCUUUACCUGAAACCAAACCGAGUUCUGUGUGUCAUCAGUCCUCAAGAAUCUACUUCCAUGUUUUCCAAGUGCCUUGUGAACGUCGAAAUGUACAGACCCAGAACCACUGCUUUGUUGUUCUUUUUUUUUUUCCUCCAUGGAGAACCUCACCUUCACCUUUUUUUCUGACCGGACUGCAUGCAGUAAAAUGGCUGCCGACCUGUUUCCCUUUCCCCCAGCGUUUUCUGUGGUCUCCACUCCUCCUCUUCGGUUUUAGAUGUGGAUUCUGUGUGGCAAUAGCUAGACUAGAACAUGAAAGUAAGUGGAGUGGCAGGUAAAAGACCAUGUUUGUGUGUGUGUGUGUGUGUGUUCAAACAGUUUGUUUGACAUAAAACCUCAUAAAAUGACUCAAGGUGUGCAUAACAAUGUACAGUUCCUAAGUGUGAAAGCUGUGUUUGUGAAGGGCACCGUUUCUUUUCUUUCUUUUAACAUGGUAACUGCUGGGAUGAGUAUAUUAUGCUCUGAAUGUUUAAAACUGGUAGCUUGUAUGAUAACUGAGGCUUAUUAAUCUGAAUAAAACUGAGGUGGAUGAAUUGCA